AUGCCAAAUAACAGCUAUAAUACUAACAAUAGUAGGGAGAUACAAAGUAAGCAUGACUCCAAAAUUGAGAAUUUUAAGGUUAAUGAAAAAGUUGGGCGUUAUAUAAAGAUCAGAGAGAUUGGAUCUGGAUCAUAUGGUAAGGCUAUCCUUGUUAAGGAUAUAUAUAAAGGGAAAGAAUAUGUAAUGAAAGUAAUAAAUGUUUCUAAACUUUCCCCAAGUGAGCGUAAAGAUGCUAUAAAUGAAGUGAAACUACUAAGUAGUGUGAGACAUCCUUGCAUUGUUUGUUUCCGUGAAUCAUUUGUUGAAGCAGGUUUGCUAAAUAUAGUUAUGGAGUAUGCAGAAAGAGGAGAUUUAUUUAGAAGAAUAAACGCACAAAAACAAUUGAAGAGAGGUUUUCUUGAAAGGCAAAUUGUUAGAUGGUUGACGCAAGCCUUGUUAGGACUAGCUUAUUUACAUAGUCGCAAAAUACUUCACAGAGAUAUAAAGAGUCAAAAUAUGUUUAUAUCAUAUUAUGGAUUAAAGAUUGGAGAUUUUGGAAUUGCAAAGACACUUGAGAAUACUGGAGCUUUUGCUAAGACUACAAUUGGAACUCCCUACUAUUUAUCUCCAGAAAUUUGUUCUUCAAAACCAUAUUCUUGGUCAUCUGAUAUUUGGGCUCUUGGAUGUGUUGCUUAUGAGAUGUGUUCUUUAAGAGUGCCUUUUGAUGCACCUAAUCUUAAAAUGCUAGUUGAGAAAAUUACAAAUGGAAUUAUUGCACCUAUAUCAAAUAUAUAUUCUUCAGGAUUACAAAAUGUAAUAAUGGAUAUGCUAAUUACAGAUAGUAAGCUUAGACCAACAGCAAGUGAACUUCUACAAUAUUCAAGAAUUGAGGCUGAACUUAAGCUAAUGAAAAGAGAGGCUAUCUCAAUAUGUAGAAACAAGUCUAGUAAUUGUGCUGCUGUUAGUUUUGCAACUUCUAUUAUUGAAGCAAUAAGUGCUGUUCAGGUAUGCUAUUAUGGUAGUAGCCCAACUUUAUCAAUUUGUUCUACAGUAUGUAGUCCGAUGUUUGAGGAUAAUUCGGUAAAUAAUCAAUUGGUAUUUAAUAUUGGGGGCAGAACCGCAAGUAGAAUGGAAGAGGUGGAAGAUGGAGUUAAUCUAAUCAAAUCAGAGAAAUACUAUACUCAAUAUAGUGAAGAGACUGAAUCCGAAAUAAAUCACAGUGAAUAUAAUGAACAGGAAACUAUUCUGAAUAGGGAAAAGACAUCAAAUAUAGAAUCUGUAGGAUCUGAGCAAUCUACAGAUGUACAAAUUUAUGUAUCAUCAAUUACAAACAAUGCUAAAGAUCCAAAAUCUGUUUAUUUGAAGCCAACAAGCAUCUUACUUGAUAAGAGUGGUUCUAAAAACAAGUCAAUACAAGCAUUCUCAUUUCGUGUUAAUAUGCCAUACAACUAG